CCCCCCCGGCCCCCCAUGCCCCCCCCGCGCCCCCAGCCCUCCUGCCUCUCCGACUUCUUCGCCUACGAGACCCCCAAGUCGGUGGUGGUGAAGAGCUGGGUGGUGGGCGCCGUCAACCGCGCCGUGCAGCUCCUCAUCCUCUCCUACUUCAUCGGCUGGGUGUUCCUGCACGAGAAGGCGUACCAGGUGCGGGACACCACCCUCGAGUCCUCCGUGGUCACCAAGGUCAAGGGCGUGGGGCGAUAUGGGGACCGCGUCCUGGACACCGCCGACUACGUCACCCCCCCGCAGGGCACCUCUGUGUUCGUGGUGGUCACCAGGCAGAUCCUGACGGAGAACCAGGCGCAGGGCGUCUGCCCCGAGAGCGAAGCCACCUACCGCUGCGCCACGGACCGCGACUGCCAGGGGAAGAGCCUCACCACAGGCAGCGGGGUGCUGACGGGGCGCUGCGUGCCCUACAACGACACCCUGCGCACCUGCGAGAUCCGCGGCUGGUGCCCGCCCGAGGUGGACACCGUCAGCGUCCCGGUGAUGCUGGAGGCCGAGAACUUCACCCUCUUCAUCAAGAACAGCGUCCGCUUCCCGCUCUUCGGCUUCGAGAAGGCCAAUCUGCCCCCCCAGGCCAGCGCGGAGGAGCUGCGGCGCUGCCGCUUCCACCCCGAGCGGCAGCCGCUCUGCCCCAUCCUGCGGCUGGGCGACGUGGCGCGCUUCGCCGGGCAGGACUUCGCCGCCCUGGCCACCACCGGGGGGGUGCUGGGCAUCAAGAUCGGCUGGGUGUGCGACCUGGACCGCUCGUGGGAGCUGUGCCUGCCCCGCUACUCCUUCACCCGCCUGGACGGCGUCACCCGGCACAGCCCCAGCUCCCCCGGAUACAACUUCAGGCACGCCCGCUACUACCGCGGGCACAACGGCACCGAGCUGCGCACCCUCACCAAGGCCUUCGGCAUCCGCUUCGAUGUCCUGGUGUACGGCAACGCUGGGAAAUUCGGCAUCGUCCCCACGCUCAUCAACACCGUGGCCGCCUUCACCUCCAUCGGCGUGGGCACGGUGCUGUGCGAUAUCAUCCUGCUCAACUUCCUGAAGGGCGCUGAGCACUACAAGGCCCGCAAGUUCGAGGAGGUGCCAGAGGCCAGCGUGCCCCCUGCCCCCAGCAGCCCCACAGCGGGUGCCCCCGGGGCCAUGGGGGACCAGGGCCGGGAGAAGCAAUCCACCGACUCGGGCACCUCCUCCCUCGGCCUCUAGCCCUGGGUGCUGUGGGGCAGCCCCCCCUUGGCCAUCGAUUCUCCCUCUCCCUCCCCUCCAGAGCCCCCCAGCCACCCCACAGCGGCCAGCCCCUUCCCCACGCUGCCAACGGGACAGGGACGGGGGGAGAAAUGGGGCCGCGGGGCAUGGAGGGGCUGUGGGGUGCACGUGGCACAGGGCAACCCUAUAAGGGGCAUGGCAGGACCCCCAGCCCCCAGGUGACGAGCAGGGAUGGGGACAGGGACAGCAAGGGGGGGCUGUAGCCCUGAGGCAGGCAUGGGGGGUCUGCAGUGCCCCAUGGAAGUGGCGGGGGGACAUGGGGGCACGGGCAGCACGGGGCUGGGGUGUCCACAGGGGGGGCAGCAGGGC